GACAGCGGGGUCGCCAUGCAGCAGGCGGUCUGACCCUCCAGCAGCCCUGAAGCCACGAACCUUCUGCGGAGAUAUAUGCAGCAGCCAACAAUCUGUGAGUCAGUGAGCAAGCCAGCCAAAAUCAACAUUUCAGCAUGUCUGCAAACAAAGGACUCGCUCCAGUGCCGCCAUCUACUCCAAAGCAAGAAAACAAAAAACAGAGAGAUGCUUCUUCCUUAGUAUCUGUCAGCAAGGAUAGUAACGAACUCCCUCAGUUAAGAGACAAGUCAGUUGCAUUAGACAGUUCAAAGCCUCUUCCCACAUCUUUACAGCGUGAUUUCAUCCCAGAAGAGAUCUUCGUUGCACUCACCUCUGCUGCCAACCCAAUCCCCUGUCCCAGUGUUUUAAGACCCCCCAAGAAAACAAAAAGUAUAAAAGACUUUCAGGGGUGCAUUCGUACUACUGAUGGGGUCUGGCAACAUCCUGUACGCAGAAACAAGUUUCGAUAUCUGAUACAGCAUCCAAUUUGCCUCACAGGAGCUGGAAGGGAUGUCUCUUUUCUGUAUGACCUUGCUGCUGAGAAAGAGGCAAAGAAUCCUCCCCCAACUCCUGUAUCUCACAAAACUUCAACAAAUUUGCAGCAGCAGGAACCCAGUGCAGCUAAACUUCCAGCAAGUUUGGCAGACAGUCUUGUUCCAGAGGAAUUUCAUAUUCUAAAGAACAGAGGUGUCCUGCGCUUGGAGUAUUACGAUGAUAAAUAUACAACCCUACUUGAAGAUGAUGAAAACAGACUGCGGGUUUUCCCAUCCAUGAAGCCAUCUGGGAGGCUGGAGGUCCUGCAGCUGAUGAAGGUGAUGGACACCAUGCUGGAAAGGGCUGGAACAAAUAAUAAGGAUGUUGGCGUAACAGGGGUUUCACAGAUGCACAAUGUCCUGGAGGUGCUUAAGGUGGAACAGAACAUCUACAACAUAGUGUUUCAUGAAAUCAUCCGACAAGUCAGUGUGGACUGUGCAGAACGGGGAGAGCUCCUUUCCAAGCUCAGACAAAGAUACGUUGAGCUGCUGGAACGAAUUCCAAGACAGAUGAAAAAUCUCUACAGAGAAAUGAUGGCACAGAGAGUAAUGGACAAACACAUUACAGAUGAACUAUUCCAUUUCAAGGAAGCUAUUGGAAAACUGACAAGGGAGCUUAAUACCAUCCGAGAACAUGACCGCAGAGUCACUGUUGAAGCAGAGAAAGCCUAUGAGGACCUGGCAAAGGCAGUACAGGAUUCCGAGAUGAAUGCAAACCUUUUGGAUGAAUAUCGUGAACUGUAUGAAUUGCAGAGAGCAAGACUUGAGGCCCAGAUCCACCAGUUAACUCAAGAAAAAGAGCUGUGGAGCAAUGCUACGUAUGAGUUGGCUCUCAAGGUCAUUGAAAAGAACAAGCUGAUCUUGGCUCGCCGAAUGUAUGACAGUGAAAAGGCUUGGGUUAAAGGCAUGAGGCAUUUCAUUAUGAUGUUGGCAUCACAGGACGCUACCGAUCUUUCCACUCUGCAGGAGCUGACACAGGAGUUUCGGGAACGGGUGGGCCAAAUUGGCACAGAAGUGGAACAAACCGAAGAAACCAGUAGGGACAGGGCUAGGAGUAUUCAGAAUGGUUUGGCUGGUUGGCUCAGUUACUUCCAGAAUCAUGUUCUUGGAAAAGGAACUUACACUUUUGGAAAAGGCGCCUCUUUAUUGGAUCAAAUCCUUGUGGAUCUAAAGGUCUGGGAAAAGAUGUUGAAUGAGGAGCUGACGCUGUUUGGUGGGGACGUGCUCCUUCUGAGACUAGAGCCCCUCACGGCGACUGCUAAUCUACAAAAGCAAUGGGUGGAUCUGGGACUUGUUGUGCAUGGGCGUCACAAGACUCUCCAGGGAAGGAUGCCUGCUGAGUUGAAAAUGCUGGAGAGAAUCAACAAGCAGUCCACUACUGUCUGUGAGCAGUACCGUAUAAGGAUUUGCGGAGAGAAUGGAUCUGCUAGAAUUUUGACGUCUUUGAUCCACAGCUUGGAGGACUGGAGCUUCAAGCUGCUUGCCAACAGGCAAAAGGGUUCUAUGCAUGAAACGGAGUGGAUAAAAUUUUUUCAGACAGUUUCUGAAUGGAUAGCCCAGAUAGACGAUCUCUUGAGCUUCAUUGGUUGCGGUGACACCGUGGAGGACCGAAAGCUUAGAGCAUUUCAUAGCUUGUUGCUACCUGAGGAUGUGUUCAAGAAGAUUCAGCAGUGGAUCCUGACAACCACUAGUGGUUCCGAGAAAGAAAAUGAUCAGCUUACCCAUGAACUGACCGACUUCCACAAUGCUCUGAGCAAGUGGAUGGUCAACCUGCUCAUCCACAUGGCCCCAGACCACAUCUCCCGUGAUACCCUCCCCUUGACUGAGGCAGAAGUGGCAAGGCAGGCGGAAAGGAAGCUGCUGAACGUUUUCAAGCUGGAAAGAGAAGCCGCAGGCCUGGCUGCAAAGCUGAGCACAUUCUCCUGCUACAUAGUCAGCUGUUGCAAGGAGAUGGUUGCCACGAUAACACGCGAGAGGAUGGUAUCUCUUCAAAAGGAUGCGGAACAUGAAUUACAACAGCUAGAGAGGAUCAAGACAGAGUGCUUGGAUUGGAUUGAAACCUGCAACCUCCUCCUGUCUGGGAUGAAGACCACUCCCACCACUUUGAUCAGCCAAGAGGAACUGGUCAGCCUGUUUGGGUUAGAGGUGCUUCAGCUGAAACGACAGCUGCCUCCUCGUCCGGAACAGAGAGAAGAAAGCUCCCCCACCACAGACGUACCUGUGGAGGAAGAGAAAACAGACAAAGAAGCUGUGGAUGUUCUAGAAGAUCAGGAAGCAGCAGAAGAGGAGCCAGUGGUAGAAGCAGAGGAACAGCCGCCUGUGCCCAGCACCAGCACUGGCGAGCAGGCCGAGAGUCUUGCGGUCACUUACCCAGUCAGAUACAUUGGUGAUGAUUCUAAUGUGUAUGUCAAAACCAUGCAAGUGAAAGAAAUCACAGUGUCACGGAGGGAGUUGCAUGCCAGCCAGUGGACCACAACGGCCUCAAAGAAGGAAUUUGAGUUGCUGGCAUCACUGGAAAUUCUGGAAGAGCGACUCAUAGAGGCUGAAAAGCGAGCACAGCAAGCUGAGGAAAAAUCCGAAGUCCUUCACGAGGACUUGGAAGAAGCUCUGGCAAAAAUCCAGAACAUGGAGGGUGAGCAACCAAAGCUGAAGGACUCUGAACAAAAAGAAACAAAAAUCAGAGCAGAAGUCGUUGUUAAGGAACAAACUGAAUCACCUUCACAGCCCAGCACUCCUAAGCCACGAACGAAGAAAUUCCCCAAGCCCAAACGCUGAAGAAGAGGGUGACCUCCAGAAGGCCUUUGGCUCCUGCUUGUAUAGUUGGCACUGGACACAGGCGGAGGGUUGUGCAUUAGUGGCUACUUGGAAUACUCCCAGCUCUGUUAAACGAUAUUUGUUCAGUACAUGGAAAGGAGUUAACUCAACCAAG